AUCCUUCCCUUGAAACAAAAAUACAUUUUACUUUGCUCGCACAACAUUUAAAACCCCGCUCCCUCCUUCUCUCUCUUAUUCAAAUUAAUUUUAGAUCCAUUCAUCCAUCGUCCCUUUUAUUUCCCACCAACCCUAAAUUCUCCGAACCACACUCUAUUAGCUGCUUUUCCCUUUUCUUCUCUUAUUCUCUCUUGAUCCUUUAACUUCAAAACCUAAUAUGGGAAUUAUUAACUCUUAGAUUGUUAGAUGAUACCUACUGUGUUACUAUGGAAGCACACUGCAAUUCGGAACUUGCUACAUCCGAAAAGUCUAUGUUAACUACACAAUCGGACUCCAAGAUUUUUGGGGAGAAGCGUGGAAGUUCCCAUUUCAGAGAGAAGCACGACCUACCUCGGAAACGGGUCAAAAUUAGGGAUCUUGAAUCCGUGGUUCAGUCGGCGGCACAAACUAGUACUCAUUAUUCAGAUUUUACAAGCCAGGAAGAAGAUUGUGAUUGGCAGGCAGUUAGUGAGAAGUUGGUGUCACGAGUGGCUGAAAUCCCCGAAGCUAUGGGAAUGGAUGUUUUCGAUGAACAGGAAACCAAGAGGGAAGUAAUCCAGGAGGGACCCAGGAAUCUCGAUCUUAACAAUGAUGCAUGUGGGGGCAAAUUUUCCUCUCUGGAUACAAGAGGCGGAUGUGUUGAGAAUCUCACUAAUGUAUCAAAGCAAGAGAAGGAACAAGGUGGCAAUCUUAUGAUAUCAAGGGGAAUUAAUGUCGAUCUUAAUGCAGAAGAUGUUACUAGCUCUAUCAAUUUGGAAGCAACACAUCGUCAUAAAGGAUACAGUCAUCUUAAAUCUAAAGAUGUUUCAGAGAGUGGAAGCUGCUCUGGACCAAUAGAGGAGAAGGAUCCAAUGAGGAUAUGGAAGGAGAUGAAGCAAAAUGGGUUUCUCUCUUCGUCUCAUGGAGGCAUUCCGGUGCCAAAACAACGUGGGAGGAAAAGCAAAAAUGAAAUGCUCAAGAAAAAGAUGGAAAUUGCUAAGAGAGAACAGGUAAGCAGGUUUACAAAGAUUGCUGCUCCAAGUGGAUUACUUAAUGACCUAAACCCUGGAAUUAUAAAUCAUGUAAGAAAUAGAAAGCAGGUCCAUUCAAUAAUUGAAGCUCUUGUAAGGUCUGAAAAUAAUGAACACAACAAUGCUGGGAGUAAUCAAACUGCACACCGAACAAAUGUAAGCACUGAAAACAGAAAAAGGGACUUGGAUUAUAUGGCUGAUGGGAGCAGACAUACGAAAAAACAUGUGGGAAAAAUGAAUGAUUCCCCUUGGAUUAUGGAUAGUAGAGUUUGUGAUCGUGACAAGUUAGAGAAAUCUAACCUUCGAAGUUGUUCGUCACACUCGAUGUUUGAAAGAGGAGAUGAUAUUUUAGCUUUGAAAUUGUCAUCUUCAACGAAGGCAUUGAUGGGUUCGACCACUUUGUCAAGUGAGGAAUCAUCAAACUUAGCAAUCGUUCCUUCUCUUUCCCUAAAAGCUGCUACUGUUGCUUCACAAUGGUUGGAGCUUCUAUAUCAAGACAUUAAAGGGCGUCUUUCGGCUUUGCGCCGCAGUAGGAGGAGGGUUCGAGCUGUAAUCACUACUGAGUUGCCUUUUCUUAUAUCAAAGGAAUUUGCAAAUAAUCAAGAAAAUGACCCUUUUGCUGCGAAAAUGACUGCGGGAAUUUCCACAAGCAAACCAGCAGAUCUGCAUCGGGCAAGAUGGACUGCGUUGUUUGAUCACAUGGAUGAAGCACUUUCAGAAGAGGAAAAACAACUUGAAAGUUGGUUGAAUCAGGUAAAAGAAAAGCAAGUGCUAUGUGACCAAGGUCUGCAACAAGUAAACUGGAACAUUACAUAUGGUUUGCAGCAGAUGGGAACUUCUGAAAAUGAUUCCAGGGUCACAGGAUUAGAUGGUUCAGAGAAAGAAUUAGCAGUUAAUGCAGCUGCAGCUUCAAUAUAUUCAACAUGCAAUUUUUUACUGUCAGAGAGCUAAGUAUUUGACAAGUUUCAUCUGUUUACCUUAUUGUAUUAAUUAUUCAGAAUUAGUAGUGAGGUUCUUGUAAUUGCCAUGAGCAUGCGAAAAUACUAAAGAUUAGGUUCCCAAAUGAGGGAACCAUGAUACUUGUCAUCACUGUAACACUAGCUGUUUUUACCUUCUAAAAUCUUGUACCAAUAAUUAUUAGAAUUAGAAUUCUAUAGCAGUUGGAUGUUCUUCAUUUCUGUAUUUUAGUUACAGAAAACAAUGAUCAGCAUCUAUUUUAGCAUCAGUUGGAAGCAAGCUAGGAUCAGUGCUUUCUCUUCCUUUUUUUUUUCUUUGGUCUUGAGUGCUUUUUCGUUUGUUCAAUUUAAAU